UUCUUAACAGUUUCACUGGAUGACUCAGUUUGUGAAGUGUGUUUUCUUUCCCAGUUUUCUUGUCUCCUCCUUCCCCCUUUUCUCGCAUUUUUUUUAUCAGUAUGCGUCAACCCCUUCCCUGAGAGCGCGCUUCCUUAACAGAAGUAUAUAUACCCCUGUUUUCAAACAUAGAUUGGUACGCUGGUCGGUAACCCGGACCUGCGAGAAGUUUCCUGCUUAUCAGCCGAUUAAAAUUGAGCUGCAGCGGGAACAAAACAGCGGAGUCGGUCUCCAGAUAACUUUGCCUCUCAGUGUAUCCAUCGUAGCCUCGUCACGCAUUUUGACGGAGAGCGAUGGGCUGGUGUGGAGUUUUGAGAAUCUGGCUGACAAUGACUGCCCCGUUGCUGGUGUGCAUGGCGUCGGAAGAUGAUUCCCCCUUUCUCCAGCGACAGGUGCCCUUUGACCUUUCCCGAUUUCUAAAUGGGUUCAGUGCUCCGGAUUCUGACAUAGAGACUUCUGAAAGUGAGCCAGAUGUCUUUGCCAGGGAAGAGAGCAGCCCCACGUUGACUGGACAUCAGAGCGUACGGAUACCUGAACUGUCCUUUCCCCCAGCAAGGCCAUCUUUGGACAACCUCCCCUUUCUGUGUAGCUACGUUGAUUCCCGCCCCCGCUACACACACCAGUCUUUCCCAAGUUCCGGCUUUGGCAGCCAGAUUCGGCAGGCAGACACAAUCAACCGCGUGGAGUCCUGGUACAGUGGCUGUUGCCAAGAGAACGAGACUCAGGAGAGCACGCUCACUCUCUGCUGUGCGCUGCAGGCUUGGGAGAGUGCUCUCUCUACGUUCUGUGAUGAGGAGUUCUCCAUCAAGACCAGCCACUACCACUGCUGCUUGAAGCGAGGGUAUUCCAGGUGGCACUGUUUUGAGAAGGCUGCCCCCAACCCCACCACCUUAACCCAGGGCACUACAUCCAAUAAACCAGCACCCCAAGUACCUGGAUUCAUCUUUAACCGUAGCAUCUGCCCGAGCAAUGCUUCCGGGAGUUUGCAGGAGAGGGACAAAAGCUAUGAAGUGCCUGACAUCGAAUUCCCACCUGGCCGGCCCAAUUCCGAGAACAUUGAUGCGAUCUGCGGCUUUCAAGCAGAGCGCCCCCUCUACCCCCUUAAAUGCCUACCGAGCGACGGCUAUGGCUGGCUAGCUCGGCAGUUCAAGGUGAUCAACCAGCUGGAGACGGGGAUACACAGGUGUUGCAAGGCAGAGAGGAAAGCACUGGUUUGUGUGGAAAAAAAGUGGCAGGAUGCGAUGGACUGGUUUUGUAAGGAGGAGCAGUCCGUGAAUAAAGGCCAGGACCCCUGCUGCCAGCUCCCAGAGCCGGAGGAGCGCUAUGCCUGCUUCUCUCGCCGCGCCCGCAAUCCAGACUACAUGAUAAUGCAGAGGCCUCUCCGCUCCGAAGAAAUCUUCGAAAGCAGUGGCGUACCUUUCCGGUUCUGCGACACUCACGCACUGAUCGUCAAGAAAUUCCCUGUGGCGUUUCCAAUUGAAAGUAUCGUGACUGAGUGCUGCCAUCUGCUGGGAUAUGAGGGAAUGACUUGCGUGGGCAACCGGCUGGAUUCCAUGCUGGAUGAAAUGUGUACUGCAAAGGAGGCAUUGUCUUCAGGCCUUCAUCCAGAAUGCUGCCUGCAGCCCCCGUCUCGCAGCGCCCCCAACUGUCUGACUGAGCAACUGCUGAAAGCCAUCAGAAAAGCAGUUGAAACCCCAGCGUACCGGAGCAGGAAAUGUCCUACUGACUGAGUCACAUUUCACUGCAAUUUAUCAUUAGGUGAGAAUAACAUUUGAUUCUGAAUUUGGGAACAAAAGUCUUUCAGAGGGUUAAAUGUACUAGCUAAGGAAGCAGUCACUAUGUCACCAAGAGUCCUGUAACAGAUGCUUCUAUUUCCUCUUCCAAGAAUCAGUAUUAUUGGACUGACUCUUAUUUUAGUAAUUUAUAUUUCUCACUAAUCAAUUUUAACUCUCAUAUAAACAGCAUGUAAAGACAUCUUGUAGUUUCACGCAUGGAAAUAAAUGGAUGUGUUUUCAUAAAUUA